AUGCGCAAGCGCAGAAAGGAAUAUAAAAAAACUUCCGGUCAUGUUGUGAUCUUGAAAAAUUUGGAACAGUGUAUUUAUGGAAGAAUUCUGCUAUUUUCAUCUAGGAAAUUUACAUCAACUAAUCCAAACUGUCUAUGCGUCGCUAAUAAAGCGUAUAUCAACCACAACACAUGUCGACAAGUCAAGCUUUUAAACCAUGAUGCUGUCCUAAACACAAUAUCAGUUCGGUAUGCUAGUUAUGAGGAAAAGAAAGAAAAACAGAAGACUCAUUCACAGAAAAUGAUAGAAAUGUUUGAUCUGCCAACAAAGAAAAAGAAAUUUGAAACAAGAAAACCGUUUGAUUAUUCAGGUGAUGUAGUUGAGCAGACUCCUUUGAAAGAUGAUGAAGUACUUUUCAUAUAUAGAGGAUUAGAAGACCAUUUCAAAGAUUUUCCAGACAAUUAUAAAAAAGUAACCACAGUGGAAUAUGCAGAUGGGCAAGAAAAAAUGGCUCAUAGAAUCUGGACAAUGCAGGAAAAGUUUCUCAACAUUUGUAAAUACGGGGAGAAGAAUGAGAUGAUAAUUGCAAAGAAAACAAUCCAGAUCAGAAAUCUUUUAAAACAUUGCCAGAAAAACAAAAAGGAUGGUAUAUCCAAAGUAAUAUUGCAAGAACAGAUACAAGGCAGGCAAAAAGAAUUGAAGAAAUUAAGAAAGGCGGAUUACCAGAGAUUUAUUUGGUUACUGAAAGAACUAGAACUCAAGUACAAGCCUCAUCCGCUGUACGUAGACGUGAACAGCCGAAGAGCGAAAAUGCGACAAUACUUACGAGAAGAGGCCUGUCGCAAGAUCCGAGAAAAAAUUCAAACAGUGUAUGAAAGACUAGAUGACGAAAAGGAGAAGUUUUAUGCAGAAAAGGAAAAACAGCUGGCAGAGAUUCGGAAAGACUUGUUAGAGUACAAUAUUAAUGAUUAUGAAGUAUUAGAAAAUGUGAAAGUGCUAAGACAACAAAGGGUUACGGAAAGACUUAACAAACCACCACCAAAACCGAACACUUUUAAGUGGAUCCAGGUGGACAAAGAUGCAAAAAAGGCUCAAAGUCGGGAAAAAGAGGCACACAGACAAGAUAUGAUCAGAAAGGGAGAGGAGAGACUGAAGGAAAUGGGGGAAGAAUUAAAUUAGUCUGGCAAAAUUUGUGAAAUUAUUAAAUAAUAAAAAGGGAUUUAAUAAAUAUAUAUGUAAAAUACAAAUUUUAUGUAUUUUUAAAUUGAGACACUUCUGGUGUACUACAAGUACAAUGAUAUCCCUUAAAUCCCAUAUUUUCAUCAUUGGAUAGUGUGUUGACAUUUGCUCAAAAAGCCUGUUUUUGUUGAUUAAAAAUAAACUGGGAAUAAGAA